AUGCAGUCUCGAUUGACGCCGUCCGCUAGCUCUGGCCGGCGCUGGGCCUUGCGCAGCCCUGUCCCCCGAUCCCUGCGCCGAACUUUCGCUACUUCGCGCGUCUUCUUCAACCAGGCGUUCCACUCCCAGCUGGAUGAUCCUGCCGCCGCCGCCCUCUUCUCGUCCCUGCAGGCCUCCAAGGCCACGCCCCAAACCCUCACCGAGAAGAUUGUGCAGCAGUACUCCGUCGGCCUCGCGAAGGACAAGUUUGUCAAGUCCGGCGACUAUGUCACCAUAUCUCCGCACCGAUGCAUGACUCACGACAACUCAUGGCCUGUGGCACUGAAGUUCAUGUCCAUUGGCGCCUCUAAGCUGCAUGACCCCAACCAGAUCGUCAUGACCCUCGACCACGAUGUGCAGAACAAGUCCGAAAAGAACCUGCAGAAGUACCAGCAAAUCGAGAGUUUUGCCAAGCUGCACGGGGUCGAGUUCUAUCCCGCCGGCCGAGGAAUUGGUCACCAGAUCAUGGUCGAGGAAGGCUUCGCCUGGCCCGGUACCUUGGUCGUGGCCUCAGACAGCCACAGCAAUAUGUACGGCGGUGUCGGCUGUCUGGGUACUCCCAUUGUGCGUACCGACGGUGCCAGUAUCUGGGCGACUGGUAAGACUUGGUGGCAGAUCCCCCCAGUGGCGAAGGUCACCCUGACCGGAGUUCUGCCCCCCGGUGUCACUGGUAAGGAUGUGAUCGUUGCUCUCUGCGGUCUGUUCGGCCAGGACGAGGUCCUGAACCACGCCAUCGAAUUCACCGGUUCCGAGGAGACAAUGUGGAGUCUGCCCGUGGAUGACCGUUUGACCAUUGCCAACAUGACCACCGAAUGGGGUGCUCUGUCCGGACUGUUCCCAAUUGACGGCGUGCUCAAGGGCUGGUUGAAGGCGAAGGCUACCACUGCUGCCAUGGGCCUCGCUGACGGACCUUUCAAGACCAAGGCCGCAGAGCGUUUUACUCACCCUGUCUUGGAGCAGCUGUUCGCCAACCCUCUCACUGCGGACAAGGGUGCUAAGUACGCCAAGGAGCUUUUCUUGGACCUUUCUUCGCUCACUCCUUACGUGUCCGGCCCCAACUCGGUCAAGGUGGCUACUCCUCUUAGUGAGUUGGAGGCUGCCAACAUUCCGGUCAACAAGGCCUACCUGGUUUCUUGCACCAACUCGCGUGCCUCGGACAUUGCUGCCGCGGCUCGCGUAUUCAAGGAGGCCGCGGAGAAGAACGAUGGCCAGAUUCCCAAGAUUGCGGACGGCGUUCAGUUUUACAUCGCUGCUGCGUCUAUUCCAGAGCAGAUCGCUGCUGAGGAGGCUGGUGACUGGCAGGUUCUGCUUGAUGCCGGGGCUACUACUCUUCCGGCUGGCUGCGGUCCCUGCAUUGGUCUCGGUACCGGUCUGCUCGAGCCUGGCGAGGUUGGUAUCAGUGCUUCCAACCGUAACUUCAAGGGUCGCAUGGGUAGCACCGACGCCAAGGCUUACCUGGGCAGCCCCGAAGUUGUGGCAGCCAGUGCUCUGAGCGGAAAGCUCUCCGGCCCUGGCUGGUACAAAUCCCCCGAAGGCUGGAACGGCGUGGUUCGCGGGGAGGGUGAUGGUAUCCGGGAAGAGGACCGGAUGCUCACUAUGGAGGAGGCCCUGGAGAAGGUCAUCGGCCAGAUCGAUGACCUUGUGGCUGACGGCGAGAAGAAGUUCGCCCCUGCGCCUUCGGCCGAGGCCGCAGCUGAAGAGGCUCCUAUCGAUGAUGCCCUGACUGAUGUGUACCCCGGAUUCCCCGAGCGGGUCUCCGGCGAGAUUGUCUUCUGUGACGGCGACAACAUCAAUACCGACGGUAUCUAUCCCGGCAAGUAUACCUACCAGGACAACGUCCCCGUGGAGACCAUGGCCCAGGUUUGUAUGUCCAACUACGACACCGAGUUCUCGACACUCGCCAAGGCCGGCGACAUCCUGGUGACUGGUUACAACUUCGGCUGCGGAAGUUCGCGGGAGCAAGCCGCAACUGCCAUUCUGGCCAAGCAGAUCCCGCUGGUUGUGGCCGGCAGCUUCGGCAACAUCUUCUCUCGGAACUCGAUCAACAACGCCCUGAUGGGUCUCGAGAUUCCCCGUCUGGUCAGCCGUCUGCGCGAGACAUUCGGCAACGACAAGGCCCUUACCCGCCGUACUGGCUGGACCCUGACCUGGGACGUGCGCCGCAGCCAGAUCGAAGUGCAGGAGGGUGAGAAUGGAGCCAAGUGGACUCACAAGGUCGGCGAGCUCCCUCCCAACGUGCAGGAGAUCAUCGCCAAGGGUGGCCUGGAGAAGUGGGUCAAGAACGCGAUCGAGGCUUAA